AUGCUUAUUCUCUCACUGUUAAUGAGCGUUGGUGCAUACUAUCUACCGCCUACAAGGCAUGCAUUCAUAAUCUCUGCUAGAACACUGCCACCAUAUCGCCUAGAUUCAUUCCCAUUUACACAGGUGGGGCCCUACAAGACAUCUGGAGAUCCCAUCAUAUUUGCAAGACCAUCUAGAGUUGAUAAAGAGACAUCUACGGAAGGGAACGAGAAAAGUGUGUCUGGAGAGAAGAAGGAAGAGUCUAAGAAAGGCCUUUCUAAUAUUAUAUUUGGAAGCACUGUGUGCAGAUUCUUCUUCUACACGGCGAUGGCAGUUAUAAUAUUCUUCAUAGGGUAUCAAACGAGAAAAAGCCACGAGGGAGGGUCCUACGUAAGACUUCCUACAACAUCAAAUAACUAA